GAAUGUACUCCAGAAAACUUGGAACUGAAAAAGAAGAUUUUCAGUCAGUUAGAUCUCAUUGUUGGUGACAAUGCUAUUUUGAGCAGCUCGACCUCUUGUCUCUUACCCAGCAAGUUAUUCGCUGGCCUUAAACAUGUUAAGCAGUGUAUUGUGUCACAUCCUGUAAAUCCACCUUAUUAUGUGCCGUUGGUUGAAAUUGUUCCUCAUCCAGAAACAGAUCCUUCUACUACAGAGAGAACAUAUGCCCUGAUGAAGAAGAUUGGUCAAUCUCCUGUCAAACUGAACAGAGAAAUUGAGGGGUUUGUUCUGAAUCGGCUCCAGUAUGCAGUGAUAAGCGAAGCCUGGAGACUUGUGGGUGAAGGAGUGAUAUCUCCUACUGAUCUAGACCUUGUGAUGUCAGAUGGAUUGGGAAUGCGAUACGCAUUUAUUGGACCUCUGGAAACCAUGCAUCUUAAUGCAGAAGGUAUUUCAAAUUACUGUGAAAGAUACUGUGAAGGUAUGAAACUUGUUCUGAACACCUUUGGACCAGUUCCAGAAUUUUCAGGUGAAGCUGAACAGAAAAUCAGUCAGGGAAUGUCUGAGAAAAUUCCAGUUAUUCCCAAAGUCCUGGAUGCCAGGAGAAAAUGGAGAGAUGAAUGUCUUGCUGGUCUUUCCAAAUUGAAGAAACAAAUGAAAUCUGACUGA